AUGAACUCCACGCUUUCCGCGUCACCCACGCUCCUCCCCACCGUCUCUCACACACCUCCCCACGCACACGCCCACGCUUCCCUUCGCCGUCGCCAACGCGUUCCGCCACCGUCGCUCACGCGUUCCCUUCCCUCCUGCCUUCCCCCAUGCAUCCCCUCACCGUCGCGCGCGCCCUCCUCCACCUUCCUCCACGCUUCCCCAUACCGUCGCUCGCGCCUUCCCCCACCUUCCCUCACGCGCGCCCCGCUCAUCGCCCACACUUCCUCCCACCGUCGCCCACGCUUUCCCCCACCGUCGCCCACGCUUCCCCCCACCGUCGCCCACGCUUCCCCUCACCGUCGCCCACGCUUCCUCCCACCGUCGCCCACGCUUCCUCCCACCGUCGCCCACGCUUCCCCGCUCAUCGCCCACACUUCCUCCCACCGUCGCCCACGCUUUCCCCCACCGUCGCCCACGCUUCCCCCCACCGUCGCCCACGCUUCCCCCUACCGUCGCCCACGCUUCCCCCCACCGUCGCCCCCUCUUCCCCCCACCGUCGCCCACGCUUCCCCCCACCGUCGCCCACGCUUCCCCCCACCGUCGCCCACGCUUCCCCCCCCACGUCGCCCACGCUUCCCCCCCCCGUCGCCCACGCUCCCCCCCCCGUCGCCCACGCUUCCCCCCCCCGUCGCCCACGCUUCCCCCCACCGUCGCCCAUGGCAGGUGGUGGUGCGGCUUUGGAGCAGAGUGUUGGGCGCCCAGCCAGGGCAGCGCGUGCAGGCGGGCAGCAAGGAGUGCAGUGCUGCAGGGGGCGGGUCGGGGGAGGCGGAGCGGGGAAGGCGGGGGUUAGGGAGAGAGGGUGCAGGGAUCCUCCAAUCCCCCUUAUACCCUGCCACACUCUUACCACCUGCCCUCCUCCCUUACUCCGUUCCGUGGGGCCCCACGGUCGUCCUCCUCUCCCUCUCUCUUUCUCCCUUCCUCCAUCUAUCCCAUACUCUCUGCCUCACUACCCUCUUUCCCCUGCUCCCCGUUCUCCCUCCCUUCCUCCUGCCCUCCCUUCCUGCCAUUCUCCCUCUCCUCAUCCUCCCUCGAUCCAGUCCCUCUUUCCAUUUCCAUCUCCUUCUCGCCGAUCCUCUCAUCCGCCCAUCCUCUCAUCCGCCCAUCCUCUCAUCCGCCCAUCCUCUCAUCCACCCAUCAUCUCAUCCGCCCAUCAUCUCAUCCACCCAUCAUCUCAUCCGCCCAUCCUCUCAUCCUCCCUUCCUCUCAUCCUCCCUUCCUCUCAUCCUCCCUUCCUCUCAUCCUCCCUUCCUCUCCUCCUCCCGUCCACUCAUCCUCCCUUCCUCUCAUCCUCCCUUCCUCUCAUCCUCCCUUCCUCUCAUCCUCCCUUCCUCUCAUCCUCCCUUCCUCUCAUCCUCCCUUCCUCUCAUCCUCCCUUCCUCUCAUCCUCCCUUCCUCUCAUCCUCCCUUCCUCUCAUCCUCCCUUCCUCUCAUCCUCCCUUCCUCUCAUCCUCCCUUCCUCUCAUCCUCCCUUCCUCUCAUCCUCCCUUCCUCUCAUCCUCCCUUCCUCUCAUCCUCCCUUCCUCUCAUCCUCCCUUCCUCUCAUCCUCCCUUCCUCUCAUCCUCCCUUCCUCUCAUCCUCCCUUCCUCUCAUCCUCCCUUCCUCUCAUCCUCCCUUCCUCUCAUCCUCCCUUCCUCUCAUCCUCCCUUCCUCUCAUCCUCCCUUCCUCUCAUCCUCCCUUCCUCUCAUCCUCCCUUCCUCUCAUCCUCCCUUCCUCUCAUCCUCCCUUCCUCUCAUCCUCCCUUCCUCUCAUCCUCCCUUCCUCUCAUCCUCCCUUCCUCUCAUCCUCCCUUCCUCUCAUCCUCCCUUCCUCUCAUCCUCCCUUCCUCUCAUCCUCCCUUCCUCUCGUCCUCCCUUCCUCUCCUCCUCCAGUCCUCUCAUCCUCCCUUCCUCUCAUCCUCCCUUCCUCUCAUCCUCCCUUCCUCGCAUCCUCCCUUCCACGCAUCCUCCCUUCCUCUCAUUGUUUCUUACAACCAAUCAGCAACCCCAUGGCAGCACAGCACAUCUCUCUCGCACCAACCCCGCACACAUGGCAGGUGCUGCUGCAGCAUUGGAGCAGAGUGCUUGGCGCACAGCCGGGGCAGCACGUGCAGGCGGGGAGUGAGGAGCGCUGUGCUCAAGGGGGCGAGUGGAGGGGGGGAGGGGACUUGGGGGGGGGGGCACGGGAGUGUGACUCUGACGCCCUUCUUUUCAAUUGCCACCUUCCUAGCUUCCAAUCAACCGCCUUUCCGUCUCACCCACUUGUCCUCUCCCUACUUGAAUUCCUCACAUCCUCCCAUCCCCCCUUCUCCCCUUCCACCCUUCCACCCUCCAGCCCUUGUGCUCAUCCUCCCUUCCCCUCAUUCUCCCUUCAUUUCAUCCUCCCAUCCUUCUUUUCUUCCUUCCCCCCCUCCCUUCCUCCCUUCCACCCUUCCACCCAACGUCGUCCUCUCCAACUCCCUUCCUCUCUUCCACCCUCUCCCCUACUCUCUGCUUCAGUGUCUUUCCCCCCUCUCUUUCCCCUUUCCUCCCUCCCUUCAUCCCAUCCUCUCGUCCACCCUUCCUCCUUGUCUCCCUUGCUCAUUUUCUCCCUCGGCACAGUCCUUGUUCUCUGCAUCCCUCUCUGCCAUCCUCCCUUCCUCUCAGCCUCCUCACUUCCUCUCGUCAGCCAUUCCUCUGCACCCUUCUACCCUGCCACGCGACUACACUCCUACCCUGUCUGUAUAUUUUAG